UUGAACGAAAACUCUGUUUGGUAUGGUGGUCCUCAAGAUCGUACGCCCAAAGACGCGUUUAAGAAUCUAGAACGCCUGCGACAUUUUAUCCGGAGAGGUGAUCAUGCAGAGGCGGAAAAGUUGGUUGAACAGGCAUUCUUUGCCACUCCUCAUAGCCAAAGACAUUACGAACCACUCGGAACCCUCACCUUGGAGCUUAAACACGAUCCAGCGGAAGUGAAAAACUAUUGGAGGGGUCUGGACCUGUCAGCUGCAACUGUGACCACGAAGUACGAGUAUCUUGGAAUUAAAUACAAACGCAGGGCAUUCGCAAGCUAUCCUGACGAUGUAUUGGUCAUUCAAUGGGAGGCGUUAGAGAAAACAGAGUUCACCCUCCGCUUAUCGAGAUACAGUGACCGAGAAUACACUACUGAUGAGUUCGUCGACUCUAUCGAAGCACUAGAUGGAAAUAUUGUUAUGCGUGGGACGCCCGGAGGAGGAAACAGUAAUAGCCUUUGCUGCGUCGUCAGUUUCCGAGAUUUAGUUGGUGAUGGUGCAAUCAAGACUGUAGGGAAUUGUGUUAUAGUCAACUCCUCAAAAGCCAUUAUCGUUGUCUCUGCACAAACAACAUUUCGCCAUGCAGAUCUCGAAGCUACUACCUUGUCUCAAGCAAUUGAUGCCUUGUAUGGGCAUACAGAUCUCUUGAAUAGACAUAUUCAAGCUUACAAUUCAUUAUACGGACGAUUCAAACUUCGUCUUCUCCCUGAUGCUGCCCAUAUACCAACAAACGAGAGAUUGGCGGUCACUCCGGAUCCUGGUUUGAUUGCUUUGUAUGCUAAUUAUGGACGAUAUCUGCUUAUAUCCUGUAGUCGACCGGGACAUAAAGCUCUUCCUGCGAUUUUGCAAGGGCUAUGGAAUCCAUCGUUCCAGCCUGCAUGGGGCUCAAAGUACACAAUUAGUAUCAAUACUCAGAUGAAUUAUUGGCCAGCUAAUGUAUGCAAUCUGAAAGAGUGCGAGGAUCCGUUAUUUGAUCUUCUUGCACGAAUGGCUAAUCGUGGAGAAAAGACUGCUAGAGUUAUGUGUGGCUGCCGGGGAUGGAAAUCUCAUAGUUGUACAGACAUUUGGGCCGAUACAGUCCCUCAAGAUCGGUGGAUGCCGGGUACAAGUAAAUUCUUCCAAAACCCCUGA